AAGUAUUUCUGUGACACACACACGCUGUGCAUUGAGGCAAUGAAUGUGGGUUACAUCAGAAUUGCAACAAUGACAAAAAAACUUUAAGCAUCGAUGGUCCAUGUGCAUUCAAGAUUUUAUCAUGUUUGCACUAGUUAUCAAAAGAGGAAGAACAUUGCCAAACUGAACAGAUCUACACAGAAGUGACAAGGAACAUGUUAUAGAAUUUUGCUGUUAAAGAGGCAGAAUGUCCGAAGUAAUUUACAGCACCGUUAUCAGGACUGAGGCAAGAAAUAGAGACAAAAUGGAGAUGAUGGUGGAUAUUUAUGAGAGUGCAGAUUCUAUCAAAGAUCAUGACUUCAAGAGGGAUACAAACACACAACAACCACAGCAGCAGCAGCAGCAGACAGGAAGUGAGACUGCGAGGAACAGAAGUCACAGAUCAGUUCUAGUGUGUUUGGUGGUGUUGUGUGUUCUUCUACUGACUGCAGUCAUAGUGCUGUGUGUACAGAUCUAUACAAACAAUCACCAGUUUCAAAUCAACAACAAAAUCAUCACACAAGACAGAGAUGAAUUUAGAGCCAAGUACAAUGAUGUUACUGAACAAUAUAAACUGCUGAAUCAGACACAAAAUGAACUACUGAAAUAUCUGCACGAUGGAUGGAAGUACUAUGAAUCCAGUUUGUACUUCUCUUCAUCUGAGGAGAAGAGCUGGAGAGAGAGCAGAAGAUACUGUACACAGAGAGGAGCAGAUCUGAUCAUCAUUAACAACAAAGAGGAACAAGAGUUUGUUAAAAAUAUGUCUGGUUCAGGCUACAUCUGGAUUGGUUUGUCUGACAGUGACGAGGAGGGCAAAUGGAAAUGGGUUGAUAACAGCACACUGACCUCUGGCUUCUGGGCGUAUACACCUGUUGUCAAUAGAAGAAAGAACUGUGCUGUGUCUCAUUCAUCAGUGUGGUAUGAUUAUUCAUGUGAUAAUACUCAUAAAUGGAUAUGUGAGAAGAGCAUCAACUAAUUACACAAAAAUAUACACGUUAUGUAAAAUAUAUGAAACAUAAUUAAAGGUGUUGUGAACUUAACAUUGAGUGUGAGUCAUACUGAUUUAUUUACUUAAAAAUAAAAAACACACCUAAUUAAUAUUAUAUGACAUAUUUAAAAUGUGUAAACAAAAUUGCAUUCAUCAUGUUUGAACAUAAGGGGUCACCCCAUGGA